AUGGAGGUGGCAAUAAGCAGCAGCACACAGUGUCUCAUUAGGUCAUUGCAAGGCGCUCUCAUCGUGUCCAAGCAAUCAUCGUGUCCAAGCAAUCAAGCAUCUGGAGUGAGACUCAACAAGGCUGUACAUCAUCCAGGGCCACAUUGUUGGGCAAAUGACGCUGAAACCUGCUUGCCUUGUUACCUCAGCCAGAUGAACACAUACGCACUAGACUUUGUAAACAAGGCUUGGCAUUUGUGCUUGCUGCUCAUCUUAUGCUUUCACCUGGCAUUGGGUGGUGUUCCUGGUCCAUGCCGACACUCGAUAACACAGCAGCAUCUUCGGAGCCUUAAUCGCCUUAUUGACAAUCAGUUGGAUCAUGGGUGUUUUAUAAUUUAUCAGUUCACUGAACAUUUGAAUUUGAGUAAAGUCUGUUACGUCAAAGCAGCAAUCCCGCAAGUACUUGAGCUUCUGAGAACACAAUUCCAUUAUGCUAGGAACUCAGACAACAGAAGAUAUAUCAACACCCUCGAAAAGGCUAUCUACUAUCUUUACUCCCAAGGAUGUAUCUCUGAGAUAAAUGAAGAAAUUGAGGACAGUCCAUCAAGGUUGAUAAAGAUGGUGGAAACCUCACCAAAGGAAGCUCUGAAAAAAGUCCACCACGUCUUCCAGAUGUAUAUGAAACUGAUGACAUUAAGCGCUAAUCCAGUGGACUGGAACUGUCAAUCUGAAUAUGCUGCUGGAGGUUAUUUAAAUACCACACAAAUGACCAGCACUACAGAUGACGAUUUAUUCGGCACAGCAGACGUUGGUGAUGACUCGGUUGGGAGCUCGACACUCAUCACGAAAGAAUGGGUCUUCUCCUUGGAGCUUUGA